AUGGGCUCUCCAAAGGCUUCCAACCGACCUAAGAAGCGUACUCUUGUGAGAUGGGAUGAUAAUCUGGACGAACUCCUCCUUUUGACCGUGCAAUCUGUCUGCAAUGCAAACUCCAUCAAGAUUCCCUGGGCCGAUGUCGCUAAUACAAUGGGGCACAAUGUGACCGAAGGGGCAAUCGUACAGCAUCUGUCGAAACUGCGCACUCGUCGGCUCGCUGCGAAGAAGGACGUCCCUCCACCCCUUCGCCGUGGUGGUAUUGGAGCUUCAGUCAAGACACCUGUAUCAACGGCUUCAAAGGGCGAGCCUGUCAAACAUAAGGGUGUAAACAAUCCGGUUCAUAUUGAAGAUGAAAUCAUGGACCUAUGCCCAGAUCAUUCAUCUGAUGAAGACUAUGACAAUAAGAAAACUUCUCAAAAGAACAAGAAGUCGACUAAAAUGAAGAAGUCAAAUGCCCAGUCUACAGAUGAUGUUGUGAUCAAACAUGAAUCUUAUACUGGGUCAGACGAGAUUGGUAGUAAUGCAGAGGCCUAUGAUGAUGAUGAGCUCUUGGUUCCCGGUGCAAAGUUCCUGGAGUAUCCAAACGACAGACAGACGUCACUUGCACAUCAGUCUCCUACGAGCCCAAGCCCAAGCCCCAAACCAAAACCAAGUAAAAUCGUGGUACUCAAGUACAAGAAGACAGCCGAUUGUUACAGCCAUUAUCUCGCACCUGAGUACCAGCAAGCCGAAUUGGUUAAAACCGAACCAUUCAACCUGCAUGGACAUGGAGAUUACCCAAUUUCUUACCAGGACUUUUCAGGACAGACUUUGGGGCAGUUCCAGGACACGGACACUUAUGCCGGUUUUCCAGCAAGCCAUGACAUGGCUGCAGAUUAUAUGCCCGCGGCAAACUCUUCUCAUAUAUACCAAGUUGCUCCUAGUGGGACUGUCAAUGCUCUGCUUGCCUUUGAACAGGACCAGAGUCACCUCAUUACUCCAUAUAGCGAAUACCGGAGUGGUAUCUUUUCGCAAUACAACCUUGACCAGCCCGCUGGCUUUGCCAGUGGCAUGAUGAUGCCGAGCCCAUUUCUAAGCGACGACUUCCAACAGUUUAAUGGAGAUUUGGUCAACUCUGGCGAAAUGUUUCCAUCGUUCGAAGCUCCAGACAAUGGUAUCUAG